AAAACGAAUGAAAAUGACUGAAAACGAGUUGUUAUUGUGUACUCACACCUUCACGCUCUCACGAGAUGAUGACCGAGUCUCCCAGAAGCAACCAGGAAGCAUCCAAGAAAUAACCUAUUUUACUAUUUUAUUUUUUUAAGAAAAAAAAAAUCACCUUUUUUAUUUAUUAUUUUUUUAUCAAAGAAACCAAACAAAUCCAACAAUAAGUUAGUUAAUUAUCCCUUUAUACCUUAUUUUUCACUUUUCACUAAUUAAUUACACAAAAUGGAGAUGGGAAAGGGAAACAUGUGUAAGAAGAGGAAGCUCAGCCAUGUAGUAGUGAGGGAAAAUGAAGAAGAAGAAGAAGAAGAAGAAGAGGAAGGAGAAGAAGAGAAAAUAGAGAAGUUUUAUGAACUCAUUAGAAGCAUGCGAGAGGCUCGUGACCGUUUGAUCAAACCAAUAAGUACUACUACUGAUCAUCAUCAUCAUCAGACUCCAGAUUCUCUCUCUUGGAAGCCUUCAUUUGAACAUGAAGACUUCAUAACUGGUAAAAAUGCUAAUGGACAAGAGAUUAUUCCAACUUCAAAUUUCAAGGUCCCUAAGACUAACCAAACUUCACUCCUCACUACUGCUACUUUUGUUGGGACUUCUUCUGCUGCUGCUGUUCCAAACCAAGUUCCUCAUACAAAUAAUGUUAGUUCAAAAGAGCUCUUAGAUCUUACACUUUCAUUAUAGCGUUUCGAAUAUAUAUAUAUAUAUAUAUAUAUAGUGUGUCACUUUGUUUCUCCAGCCGAUUCGUACGAAUUUUGUUUAUAUGAAUGUUUUUGUUUUGCGUAUCCAGUCAAACCAUGAGAUAGUUAGAUUUUAGUUAGUAUUUAGAGGUUGCGAGACUUAUCAAUAAUAAUAUCCAUCUGUGUAUAUAUAUAUUAUUAUAUAUUUGUACGGAUGCAAAUAUAUUUGCAGGUGGUUAAAUUAAGCAUUAUUUUAUUAUAAA